UUUUACUUGAGUAAAAGACUUGAGUUGAUACUUCAACUUCUACAGGAGUAUUUUUAAACUCUAGUAUCUAUACUUCUACCUGAGAAAGGAAUGUGAAUACUUUUGACACCUCUGCUAAGCACAUGUCUCCAGGAACGACAGUGGCAUAAAUAGUUUCACUUAACGUGUCGAAAGAUCGAAUAGAGAAGUGAGCGCCCGCCCCCAGAACACCGGCAGCUGCUUCAGCAUGUUCUCUUGACUCUGGGACAAAAGCAGACAUGGAGCUGAGCAAAGAUCAGCUGAAAGCCGCAGAGGAAGAAGUGAGGAGAUAUCUACCUCGGUCCCAGCAGGUUUACGGGUUCCUGGUGCUCAGGAACCGGCUGCGAUCAGACCCCCUGCAGGUUCUAGUGGACCGAUGGCCCGAUUUCAGCGUCGUCGUCUGCAAGCCACGAUAUGACCAAAAAAAUGAUCACUUCAAAGACACCGUGGUUUUUGCAAAUGAUGAAGCAAUUCUACGGAAGAUCCUGAGAAACUCUUCUGUCUUUGAAUGGACCAAGUAUCUUUGUCUUGGAACCAGCCUUCCCAACAUGGAGAUAGUCAAAGCAGUUGCGUUGGAGAUGAAUGUGCCUUGCCACAAACUGGCCGUAUGUCGCAUGAUGAUUCUGGAGGACGCAUCCAAGCUUCCCUCUUUAGACUGCCAGGGAAUCAAACUGAGCUCCUUGGAUGAAUCGCAUGAGGACCUGGUGAAUAAGACAUGGAAGUUUGGAAAGAACCAAGGGGCUGUCCGGAUGAUCCACAAUAUGAUAGCAAACUUUCCCUCCUGCUGUGUGCUGGAUGCGGAGGAAAACCCUGUGUCCUGGAUCCUGACGUAUCCAUCAUGUGCCAUAGGAAUGUUGUAUACUCUGCCAGAGCACAGAGGGAAGGGCUAUGCCAAAGCCCUGAUCAGCUGCAUGGCCAAGAGGCUGAAGGAUCGAGGCUAUCCAGUGUUCUGUUUUAUAGAGGAGGAGAACCAGGUUUCCUAUAAACUCUUUAAAGGGAUGGGCUUCACUGAAGAUCCCUCACACAGAGAAACCUGGUUUGGAUUCAAUGAUUUUUAAAUAUUUCAAUAAAGGCCGGAAUGCACAUUUUCACAUGAAUUGCUGAAAUUCCUUUUCUAAACAAUUUGGGAUAAAAAGCCUUCUUCAAAGAUUCAAAGAUUAUUUUGCAUUAACAGUUGUGGCUUUAGAUGCUUUGAUGCAAAAGUUCCAGCCAACUAUCACUGCAGGAUUUCUCUACACAUUUCAUCUCUUUUCCAAAGAAGGGCUUGACGCAUGCAGGGAUCUGGAGAAAUAAAGAAAACAAAGAAA